UACCGCGCGACGUGCGCGUCUUCCUCCUUCCGCUUGUUUGCAAGACUCACAGGCUUCUCCUGCGCACUGUACUGGCUGGAGCAACGCCAACGUGUGAGCAACAGAUCUGGAAGUCAUCAGCGCUGCUCAGCUCCGCUUUCUGGCUGUAGGACAUUGCAUUUGCAGCUUGUAACGGCUCUAUUGUUGCACUUCAAACUGCAAUCAUACUCCGACUCUGCUCUACCGAAUUUUGAACCAUUGCGCAUUUGAGCUGAGUUCCUUGGCAACAACUUACGCCUGCCAUCUUCACUAAGUCUUCUCGGCACGCCUACUAUCCAGUCGAUCGCAGACCCUAGCAGGGAAGAGUUUCCACGAAGCAGUCUUUCAACUUGGCCUCAGAGGCUAUUCUGCAUGUUGAAUAUGGCCGUUGUGCCUCUGCCCCCAAUCCCAUCGUUGCGAGUCCAGGAAUCUUUGACCGAGGAACUUUGGCAAUCAACGCGAAGGAUUUGGGUUGCGUCCACAGGCACUUUACUCAAAGUUUCCGACGAUGUUUUCUUUGGCUCAGCACAGCUGGCAGUAACCACAAAAUGCUUGUUCGAUGUCUUCAAGCACUGCUGCAACGAGUCUGACUACGUGGCUCUACAAUCAGCGACUCUCAAAAUCAAUAUUUUCAGGCUUUGUCAUCGCCUGCUUUCUAGCUCUGCUUGUCUAACCUUCGAGUUUGUCCUUGAUGCGAGCAGCUUCCUGUAUCGGCAGCAAAGUAUUCUUGUGGUUGCUCGUCAAUGGCUUGUGGCGAACGAGACCUUGGCAGUCAGCUCAGCGCGAGAUUGGCUGGAAAGUCUGAAACAGGGCGAUCACAAUGUUCUACUAUCGUUUACCAAGAGAUCAAUAUUUCGAUGUCUUGAGCGGCUGAUCAUCUCGCCAGAAGUAGCAAGGUGCUUUCAAUCUGCAGGAUGGGCUUCACUUCAGCAAUAUAUUGGCUACGAUAGGUCUAACACAGCUCAAGCGGACGAGCUGAAGCAUUGCAUUGACUUCUACUGUGGAACGAUCGAUCAACAGCAGACGCCAAAAUCUGGUCGUACCGAAAUCGACCCCGAUACGCUCACGGAGGCUUCUGAUGUGGUACGGAAAGCGCGUCUACGUUAUCCCAACAUCUCUGUUCGAGAGCUCUCUAAUUUGAUUGACGCAGGCGAUCUUGUUCGGCUGCCGCUGCAUAAUGCAGACCGCAGCGGCUUAGAGUAUGUGCGGCAUUUCUUACAGACUGAGCUUGAUACAGACAGUCCAUUGAGAUUGCGGCGCCAAACUUCAAGUGAACCCUCCCAUUUGCUCGCAAACAAAUACUUAAAAGCCAAAAUUUUGUCUCUUGCGUUCGAUCCAGAUGAUGACGAGCUUGACGACACCUACGAGUCUUCAACUGUCACGAUGGUACAAUCGGAAUUCAAAGCACUCUCGGAGAUGGACGCUCUCCUAUUUCCGGUUUGGAAGAUUUCACCUGACCUAUUUAAACGGACCUCUCGAAGGACCAAAGAAAGGCUAGAGCUUCAAGAAAGAGUCGACGUUGAUCCAGAAUUACUUGAAGGCUGGGCAGUCAUGCUACAGCGCGAUCGUACACGUCUUUCUCGUCUGACCGAUGCCUUUGCAUUCGAUGGCACCCAACCAGUUGUGGCAAGUACGAAAUUCUCGGCAGCCAAGGAUUCGACGAGCUCAGAGACUCCGCCUCCCCGAUCUCGACACGAGAGUGAUCUCAGCACGAAUGUGCGCCCGAGGGGCGGCGGGACCAGUCAAAGAUCUUCGCGGAAAGCCAAAACGCAGAGAUGAUCAUGAAGGCGAGACAUGACACCUUGCAUCCUGCUGGUGCAUGUAGGGUCAUCCUAUUGGAGGUGAUGCAAUCCUACAUACUCCUCAAAUAAAUUAUGUCCACGUCACUUGGAAGUGUUUGGUAAGCAGAAGCGGUCGUCUUAUGGAUGGACUUGAACGGCCAAGGCGUUGGUAUCAAGGAUGGAUAUACAUGUGGGAACUGUCACAAUUGGCGUGCGACACCACAUCGA